ACUGGUGGGAAUUACUGACUUACUAUUUACUUGUUAAACAAGAUUGCACCAGAUUACAAUGCUUUAGACUUUAGAGUUUCAUCGGAAAACCGAAAUGAUCCAUUCUAGUGAACGGUGCGUUGUGAGAAAGUGCUGACUGUGUUUUAUCGUACUUCGUGGUAACGUGGACUCAGAAAUGUCCGUGAUUUCGAGCUGCUGGUGCACGGAUAUCACCGUGAUAUUGGCGACUUGUGUGUUGAGCGUGAUCGUCUUCUUUAAAUGGAGGUACAGGUACUGGGAGGUCAGAGGGGUGCCCUACGUGAAACCAUCGAUUCCGUUCGGUUCCAUGUUGAAUCCGUUCUGGCCGACGCACUCCUUCGGUGAGCUAAUGCGGCUUCAGUACGAGGAAUCAAAACGGAUGGGACGCGACUACGUGGGUCUCUACACGCUCUGGAUCCCGGCUUUCAUGCCGAUCACCAUGGAUUUGAUCAAGGACGUCAUGGCCAAGGAUUUCAAUUACUUCGUCGAUCGUGGUUUCUACUUCAACGAGAAGGACGACCCUCUGAGCGCCCACCUGUUCUUUUUGGAGGGAGCGAAGUGGCGGAAGCUGAGGGCGAAACUCACGCCAACUUUCACCUCGGGCAAGAUGAAGAUGAUGUUUCGCAUCGUUUUAACCUGCGGCAAGCAGUUGACGGAGGCCAUGGAACAGAAUCACAACCGACACGUGCCUGUGGAUAUCAAGGAUCUGCUGAGCCGUUUUGGUACCAACGUGAUUGGAUCAUGCGCGUUUGGUAUCGACUGCAAUGGUUUCGAGGACCCAAACUCCGACUUUCGUCGGUUCGCAAAAAGAGCCUUCGUACGGACAAAGUGGGAGAAUCUGACGGCGUUCUUCUCCUUUGCCAACCCAAACCUCGCGCGCAAACUUGGAGUGUGUUUUACACCUCAAACCGUCUCAACGUUCUUCUCGAACCUCAUGAAACAAGUAGUAGAAUACAGAGAAAGUAACAAGACAAAUCGUGACGACUUCUUGCAAAUUCUCUUAGACCUGAAGAACAACAGUGACGACCCCCUGACGCUGGAAGAGUUAACCGCGCAGGCUUUCCUUUUCUUCAUCGCAGGACUAGAAACCUCCUCCACGACUAUGACCUUCUGCCUGUACGAGUUGGCCAACGACCAAGACAUUCAAGACAAGGUGCGGGAAGAAAUUCGUUCAGUUAUGGCGUCGCACAAGGGCGAAAUUAGCUACGAGGCGAUUAGGGAGAUGAAGUAUAUGAAGCAAGUGAUCGAUGAGACCUUACGCAAGUAUCCCCCUCUACCGAUGCUGAACCGAAAAUGCGUAAUGGACUACAAAGUCCCCGGAACCGAUUUUCUCAUUGAAAAGGGCACAAGCGUAGUCAUACCCCUCUACGGUCUUCACCACGACCCCGAGUAUUUCCCGGACCCGGAGCGUUUCGAUCCGGAAAGGUUUAAUGAGGAGAAUAAGAAGAAGAUGGUACCCUACAGUUACAUGCCAUUCGGCGAAGGUCCCCGACUUUGCAUCGGGUUACGCUUCGGGCUCAUGCAGACCGGGAUUGGUCUAGCGCUGUUGUUGGACAAGUUUCGAUUUUCGGUUAACGAAAUGACGCGGGUACCUUUCGCAAUGGAUCCCAGCAACUUUGUUUUAUCGGCGAUUGGGGACAUUUGGUUGAAUGUUGAUAAGGUGUGACAAUAAAUUUCGAUCCUUCAGGCAUUUACUUUAA